CCAUAUUUUCACAAGCCAUUAAUAACUUUGUCGAGAAACAAUAACCUCUUUAUAUUUUAUCAGAGAGCCGCUUCAACCUCAGCAUUUAGUAAUUCCAGGAUGCAGCUUACAGUGAUUGACAUUGUUUUCAUGCUGACGGCACACCUAAUCACUAGAGUUGAUGCUCUGGCUGACGACGCUCCAACAAGUCCGACUCCUGUAUACGAAGAGAAACCGUUUACUUUGUCGUCGAGUUGCGUUCUCACCGUCACAGUAACGACCAACCUAGGCACGGACAGAGGCUGUGCGUUCAACUGCUCAAGUGAUUUUUGUAUCAUCGAUCGUGAGACGGGCCCGUAUCCGCGAAGCUUCAGUUAUGCGUAUUUACUUAUCAUUGUUGCAGAUUUUGUGACUUUGCCCUGCGGCUGUUCAGGGGCUGCAAGUGUAGUCACUCGGACCAUCACCGCAUGUGCGAAAUCGAGUCCCUGCUGGAAUUGCCAUACCGGGUUCCCUUUUACCACAACGGCCUCGGAUUGCCCAGAACCAACAGCAGAUGAGUAG